CCUCCUUUCAUCUCCGCCUUUCAUCUCCCACCUGAGCGCCUCGUGCUGGUUGUCGUGGCAACACCCCAAAGUGCCCCUGCUUGUUGCCAUGGCACCCACAGCAUCCUGGGGUGCCCAAGUCCAAUUUCAGGCCCCUGCAGCUCCUGCCACGGCUGUGCCCUGCUGGCAGACCCCUCGUGUGUUCUGGGGAUGCCCUGGGUGCAGGCACCCUCCCCAAAUCAAGGAGGGUUGGCAGGACCAGGGGCUGGGAGGCGCCCCUGCCACGGGCAUCCUCUGUGCUUGCCUUGGUCCUGCAGCUGCACCAUGGCCAUAGGGGAGGAGCUGCACAGCGGGCGCUUCUGGCAGGAGGUGUUGGCUGAGGCUGUGGCAACGCUCAUCUUUACUGGGGUGGUCCUGGGAGCCUCAGCUGCCCCCAGCCCCCUGGUGCCAGCCCUGGCCGGGGGGCUGGCGGCUGCGACACUGAGCUGCGCCCUCAGAGCGCCCCAGGCCAACCCAGCGCUCACCCUGGCGCUGCUCUGCACCCACAAACUGGGUGCCCUGCGUGGGGCUGCAGUGCUGCUGGCGCAGUGUGCCGGGGCUGUGCUGGCUGCCACGGCUGCACGCCUGGCACUGCCGGAUGACAGCGCAAUGGUCAGCAGGGUGAGUGCGGCAGGGACAGCGGGGCAGGCGUUGUGCUGGGAGAUCUUUGCCACCUUCCAGCUGGCGCUCACCGCCUUUGCCUCCACCGACCACGCAGCUGCCCCCACCGGGUUGGCCCUGGGCUGUGCCAUCGUUGCUGGAGCUCUGGCUGCGGGGCCAUUCUCGGGGGGCAGCAUGAACCCGGCCCGCUCACUGGGGCCUGCCGUCGUCACCGGCAUCUGGGACAACCACUGGGUGUACUGGCUGGGACCGGUGCUGGGUGCCGUGCUGGCUGGGCUCUGCUACGAGUUCAUCUUCGGCCCUGGUGCCUCCAGGGAGAAGCUAUGUGCCUGCCUCACCUGCCGGGACGUGACACUGGUGGAGACCACCAGCCCUUCCCCCUCCUCACCUUCCACUGCCCCCCGCAGUGCUGCUCGUACCCCCCCGGCCUCCCAGGGCCAGGGCACGGCCUGAUGGGAGAACCGGGGGGCUCUGCACUCUUGCCGCCUUCUCCCCCCCCUCAA